GAAAGAAUUAUAUAAGAAUUAAUAUAUAAAUUUGAAAUAAUUUAUAAACAAAUGAGCUUGCACCACCUUAAAAAGUUCUCACCUGAAAAGUGUGCACAAUUUCUAGGAUUUAUGGAUAUCCUGACAAUACUAAAUGCGUUAGUGGUGAUUAUACGGAAGAGUAAGAGACAUCAUUUCAUAAUUUGGGAUUAAGAUAUAAUUUAAUUUUGCGGUCAAUAAGAAAAUGACUCCGUAUACUGGACACGUGGGUGCAAGAUGUACUAUGUCAAACCAUAGUCACGCAUCAAUUGAGCUUUAGAAAAACCGAAACGUAUUUCCACUCAUUACAGUCAAUUUCGAGAAUUAAUAGCCAGAAAAAACAUACAAUAAACUUAAUUAAAACAUUAAAAAGCAAGUAGAACACACCCUUGUUAGCAUGUGCGUCAAGAAUGCAAGAGGUAUUCAUUCGAACGACAAAAAGCAAAAAUAGAGCAGUAUUCCGAGGUGUAAGCCCGUGAAAAUUUACGACAAUAGCCUACUUUAAACAGUAUGGAGAUAUACUAACGAUAUAACAGAGAAUAAAGAGAGGGAAGUUCUAGGGGCUAAGAACUUGACGAUUCAGUGUAGGCGAGGAAAAUGAUUACACAAUCCAUUAUUCUUUAAUUAAAUACUGAAGAAAUAUGAAGGCUGUAGUUUUAAUGGAAUAAUACGAAAAGGCGCAUACAACAGCUGCCUAUUAAUCAACGAAUAAAGUUGAUUAUAGAACUGUAUAAAAAGGGGAUCACCGGCUUAUAUCAUCACCACAAGAACUCUUUGCAGCAACAAGUAAACACAAACCUGCGGGACGAUGAAGAGAAGAAUACACGCGAUUUUACCUGUCGUGGCGCUCUGCGUGGCGUUGUCCCUAGCAAACAUAGACAACGGGGAGAUGGUAGAACGGUCUGGCCCAGCACAACCCCCACUUAGUCAUUUGUCAGGGAAGAGGGCGAGUACUUGGCUUCGGGCAGAUCCAGAGCAGAGCAUAGAGAUGUCUCGUCCACUUCAACCAGUCGAUGCCUUAGAAAAAGGCAAUAGCGGUAAAAUCUUGCAAUUGGAUAAAGUGCCCAUGAAGAUGAUGAUAAGACAGUUUGGUGCGACUCCCCCCUCCGGUAUUGGUAGAAAGAGGACGAAUUUUCGGCGAUAUCCUCCGUUAAAUGCGGUCGGUAAAAAAAGGGAAUUCUGCGAGACAAGAAAAGACAUCAGAAAUAAUGCGAUCCUGGACUAGCUAUCGACCAUUUCAGACCUUCAACUAGCAGUGUACAACUAUAAUCAACAACAGCAACAACAAAAAGACAAACAGAAAAGUAUGCACUCGGAUAUCACAAAUAAAGUGCUUCCGAGAGAUGAACAAUAAUUUUUUAUCAUGAAUCUAGCUCAUGAUUUCAUGGAUCUAUUUUAAACGAAUUAUAUUGUUAUUUGUUAUCAUCACGAUUAAAAAUUGAUGUAUUGUUCAGUCUGUCAUGCUUUGGUAUUGAAAAAAUAAAAUAAAAUUUCAUUGAAAAGCUAAAA